UGUCACCACUGAAGGCAAGAACAGGCCUAUUCCUGUUAAUUAAUCAUGCCUGCACAUCAGACAAUCUAUGCUAUAGUGAUUUUAUUCUCUGGCUUUACUACCAUGCAUUUGAAGGUCGGCGGGAUGCAGACAAAAGUCUUGCUAUGUUUAACUAUUGGCUUCAGUGUUCCAUAGACCUGAACAAGAAAGAGUUGCUAAAUCUAUGCUUUGGUCAGUGUCAUGGCCUGUGGAUGUUUCUAGAUCAGACAUCCUUCACUAACUUAUGUCUACUGAUACAGAAACUUAAAAACCUGCACUCAUUGGCUUGCUGGGGACACAAAUGUGUGAUGGGUCAAAUUAAUGCCAUAGCUAUGACACAAUGUGGAUGUCGGAAUCUGGGACUGCACAUGCUCAGACAACACAUCCUGCUGGGAAGACUCGUACAGUGGUGGAGCUUCAGUGGACUUCUGCCGCAGUACCCAGAUGCCAGUGAGUUGAAGCAGAUCUCUGAGAUGUGGCAGCGGUUGAACCAGCAGCACAAAACCACUUGUCUGGACCUGCGAUGUGAUACUGAGGAUAAAUAUAGAGGGAACUCUAUUAUACAUGGUAUGGUGGCUCAUAUGCACAAACAAUAUGGGCCACUAUUGGUUUCAGAAGACUGCACCUACCAGACAUACCCACCACCUUCACUACAAUCUCUUCUAAAGCUAGUACUGGCCUCUUAUAUGGACACCACAUCUGCCCUAGCCAUUAUAAUGUAUUUUGUUUUGGACGUGUCUAACAUGCAGGGUAAAGGUGAUCUCCUUACGUCUUUCUGCCAUACCUUUAGCAUACCAUCCAGCUUCUUCCAACAAAUCUAUGAGUUUUGGCUCCUAGACCAUGGCUUUGUAUCAAAUUCUCUUGGAAAUCUUUUGAGCCCCAAGACCAGUUCAGGAAUGUUAUCAUGUCACAGUUAUGCUGUCUUGAGGACCUUGCUGAGACAGGGGCAGAGGGAAGCAGCACUGAAAUACCUCUACUACACUAACCCUGCUAUAGAGAAUGCUCAGAAUGCCAGACUGUAUGUGGAUGUGCUCUUACAGAACAACCAUGUUGGUGGAGCUCAGAUUCUGCUCAGGUGGUGCCAACCAGGAAAGGAAUAUCUACUUCACAAUUUCACAUGUGGCUGUGAAAAUCCCAGUCUCUGUGGGGAAAUACUGGCCAGUAAUAUUCCACAUCUCAAAUUAUCAGAGAGACCAUAUUCUACUAAACCUGAAAAAAUAAACCAAGGAAAUACAGUUGAUACAGGUGAUACAGUUGCAAGAAAUAAGUUUGUUGGAAAAGGACAUAUUCCUCAUCCAUUUUCUGCACUGCUCUACCAAUGUCUGUUCAAUGGCUCUCUAACUCCUGGAGAUUUUCUCAAAUUAUUUAGAGAAUCUGUGACAGACCUUAACUCAUCAAAACAACACACAAGGCUGAUGGUGGUGUGGCCAACAUACAUAGAGAACAAUGAAGAUAACAGGAAUACUUCUCAGUCACCUGAGACAUUUUGUCAUUUAGCCUUUCCUCCUAGUCCUGUAGAGCUCCAGAAGGAACAAAUGAAGUUGUUACAGAAUGAUGGAAUGGAGGUUUAUGUGUCUCCAGCAGAUGUCUCUCCUGGCUCAACAUCUGCAGACAGCAUGGAGUCUUCAUGCUCCUUCAUUGCUUCCUCCUCCCCUUCAUUUCUUCCCCCUCUCCAGCAUCCGCUGUGUGGCAAUCACAUGCCAUCUAAAGAUGUUACCCAGUACUGUUCUCCUUUCACCCUCACUGCAGGGUGCAGCUCAAAGGCAACGCUCAUCAAAAGCUUGUGCAAAGAAAGUGUAGAUGAGCUGGUCAGCUCUGAGAACGAAGUGAUUGAUGAUAAGGUCACAGAGCCACAUUCAGAGAGCAUUAGAGCAGGAUAUGAGAGAGAACAGUUCCGUGUUUUAUCUUCUGAGAGUGUUUAUAUCCAAGACUCCUUUUGUGAUGAAGCUUCUGGAUCAAGCAGCUUUUUGGACCUGAAGCCUUUAAAAAGAGCACUGGAGCCUUACCCUCCAGUUAAGAAGAGCCUUGGGUCCUUCUGUUAUGAUCCCCAGAAUGUCACAGACCAGCCGGAGAUCCUCACUUCAUGUGCCCGUGCUGAGACUAUGCAGGAGCUUCUGGAGCAGAUCCAUGAUCAGGCCCUUAUAUUAAAGGCUGGAAAUCACAAACAACCAUCAGUUUUAGAGUCUGUCAGGAGUUCCAAUCUGUUAAUGGAUUUUAAACCAGUAUGGCCUGGCUCUCGUCCUCAUCAGCCCCAGAGUUCUCUUGGAACUUCACUAUUACCACUGAACCCCAUUGAGAAGACCAGAGACAAAGCAACCAGUGAGGGCAGAAAUGUAGGAAUUAAAGAGGUAGUGUGUUUUAGGACCACAUCAGAUCGAGUGGGUGACUAUAAACUGGGCAGCUGGUGGAAGCAGGCUCUGGAGACAAGAAGAGCCUCCACUGGAUUGCUGCCUGCUAUCGAGCAGGUGCCUGCUGUCACGAAAGAGAAAAGACACCCUCUUUUUCUAGGAUGGCCUCAGUCUCAUGGGCUUAUCAGAGGACUCAAACAAGAGGUUAUACAGGCUACAAAGGAUGAGUCAAGCAGAAAAGCUGAAGGGAAAAGGUGCAAACAGGUCAAACAAUUCUGAGAGAGAGCGAGAGUGAGAAAGGAC